AUUCGGUUUGUUUGAUUACAUCUAGCCAUGAGUGUAUAAAUUUCUUAUUAAUUCGUUCAGUGUCAUAGACAUAAACCCUAAUUAGUUGACGUAUCACGUAAUGACGGCAAGGGUUCGAAGUUGAUAGUCCCAGUUCUUUCAAUUUGCAGAGAAUUAAGGGAGCUGUGAAGUGGGAAAAUGGCGAAUGGAACUACUUCAACUUCGCCGCUGUACGGGGACACAGAUGAUGACGACGAUUGUGGGAUAAAACCAGCUAACUUGUAUGGCAAGUAUACAUGGAAAAUAGACAGAUUCUCACAACUCAACAAGAGAGAAAUUCGUAGCAAUGCGUUUGAGGUUGGCGGCUACAAAUGGUACAUCCUGAUCUACCCUCAGGGGUGUGAUGUGUGCAAUUUUCUGUCAUUAUUUCUCUGCGUCGCGGAUCACGACAAGCUUCUUCCAGGAUGGAGUCAUUUUGCUCAAUUCACUAUAGCUGUGGUGAAUAUAGACCCCAAGAAAUCGAAAUAUUCUGAUACGUUACAUCGCUUCUGGAAGAAAGAGCAUGACUGGGGAUGGAAAAAGUUCAUGGAAUCCAAAAUGGUAGACGGCUUUAUUCAAGCCGACACGAUCAUAUUUAAAGUUCAGGUCCAAGUUAUCAGGGAGAGAGUGGAUCGCCCUUUUCGUUGCCUUGACCGUCAAUAUAGGAGAGAACUCGUAAGGGUAUAUUUGACAAAUGUGGAACAAAUAUGUAGACGUUAUGUGGAACAGAUAAAAGGAAGGCUUAGGAAGUUGAUAAAAGAUAAAGCUAGAUGGUCAAGCUUCUGUAAUUUCUGGUCGGGAAUUGGUAUAAAUUCUAGACGUCGAAUGUCAAGGGAGAAAUCUGAUUCAAUAUUGAAAACAAUUGUGAAGCAAUUUUUUAUAGAUAAGGAAGUGACAUCAACUUUGGUAAUGGACUCAUUACAUAGUGGAUUAAAGGCUCUUGAAGAUGAGACCAAAAAUAACAAAGGAAAAGGAAAAUGUGACGUCGAAGAAGUGGCGAUAACGCCCGUUGUCCAGAUGGAAGGUGACACUUUUGUUCUGGUUGAUGAUGUAUUGCUAUUGCUUGAGAGGGCUGCCAUUGAACAACCUUUGCCCCCAAAACACGUUCCCCAAAACGCUACCGAGGAUGUUUUCGGUGAGUCUUGCGAGAGAGAUGAAAGGCGUCUCACGGAACUGGGACGUAGGCUCAUCGAAAUCUUUGUUCUAGCCAAUAUUUUCAGUAAGAUAGAAGGAGCAUACGAGGAAGCGCAGUCGUUAAAGAGGCAAGAAGAACUUAUUCGUGAAGAGGAAGCAUGGAUGGCUGAAAGUGAACAGAAAGCAAAACGUGCAUCCGAGAAAGAAAAGAAAUCAAAGAAAAAACACUAGAUUUUUUAUGAUGAUAUGAACAAUAAUAGAUCAUAUUUAAUCUGGUUUCAUGCGGUUUUUGUAACUAUCUUUUGGAUUUUGGUCAUUAUAUGUAUAUUUUGAAUUUUAAACUCUA